AACCUGGAGUGGUGCUUUUUGUUCAUUUUACACCUGUGAAGAUGGGGAGGUAGUUGCUAUGGGCAACAAGUUGGCCUUCGGUAACAAGAUGGCUGCCCAAAGUGGAGAGGUGUUUGUCCGCAUGCUGUUUACCCAACUUUCUGUGGGCUGCGUAACACUACCCAGUCUUAAAAAAAAGUUUUUUUAAAAAGAAAUGAGAUUAAAAACAAACACAGGACAUGUAAACCGUGUUGUUUGUGGCAAUGCCUCAAGCAUCCUUUCCCCAGCAUAGUGUGAUGUUGCUCUUUUUUUCCCUAUUCCAGGGUGAUUUCUCUUGACUGCGUGUGGUGAAUCUUAACCAAGUUGAUGGCGGCAAAUGGACCCACUCCGACAAAAGACUUCUGGCCCAGGCCCCUGAGGGACUAAAGGAUUUGUGAGCCGUGCCUUCUCCCUCUUCUUCCCCUCCCUUCCCCCUCCCCCCACCACUGCGCCAUUCCCGGGCUCUGCGACACCAUGAUCCUAGCCUGGCUUGGCUUCCACAGAUUCCUGCUCCGCCUUUCCAACCACCCCAGGUGGGCCUGCUGCAAGGGCCCCCGCCGGCAAGCCCUCCUCUUCUGGCUCUUGUUCCUCUCUUUGCCCUGCCGCGUCCUGCCAUCAACCUUCAAGGUGGGCGUGAUGGGCCCUUGGACCUGCGACUCCAUCUACGCCAGGGCCUACCCUGACGCAGCGGCCAAGCUGGCCGUUGCCCGCAUCAACAAGGACCCUACUCUGAACCAGGGCUACUGGUUUGACUAUGUCCUCCUCAACGAAGACUGCAAGUCGUCUCAGGCCAUGGUUAGCUUUGUCAACUCGGAGCGCUAUGCCUCUGGCUUCGUGGGCCCGGUCAACCCAGCCACCUGUGAGGCAGCUGGGCUGUUGGGCAGAGCUUGGAACAAGCCCGUCUUCUCCUGGUCUUGCUUGACUGACGAUGCCGAGGUGGAACGUUUCGGCACCUUUUCCCGGCCGCUGCCCCAGGCCUCCGCCGUCCUCUACACCGUGCUCAAGUACUUCCGCUGGGCCCACGUUGCUGUGAUCAGCUCUGGCCAGGACCUCUGGGUGGAAGUAGGGCAAGGCCUGGCGGAGUCAUUGCGCAACUUUGGCCUCCCUGUCACUGUCGUGACCACCAUGGAGGACGAACCGAAUGGGGCACGGGAUGCCCUCCGCCGGGUACAGAGGGCCUAUGAUGUACGAGUGAUCGUCAUGUGUAUGCACUCUGCCCUGCUGGGUGGGGAGGAACAGCGGCUCCUGCUGGAGAAGGCAGAGGACCUGCGUAUGACAGACGGGACCUACGUUUUCAUCCCCUACGACGCCCUGACUUACAGCAUGCCCUACCAGAAGGAGUCCUACCCUGUGCUGGAUGACAGCCUCAAACUCCGCAUGGCCUACGACGCGGUGCUCACCAUCACCAUCGACUCCCCGGAGCAGUCCUUCCGGCAGACUUUCAGGGAGGCUCAGGAGAAGAGGGAAAUCCCUGGCCACUUGGAUGCUGACAAGGCACACCCCCUGUUUGGUACUAUCUUUAACUCCAUCUACUUCCUGGCCAAGGCAGUGGAGAAUACUCGGAAGUCCGGCAAGUGGGUGAUGGGCUCCACCAUUGCAGAGCAUGCCAAAGACUUUGAGCUGGAAGGCUUCAGCCAGCCAGUGUCAGCCGACGAAUACGGAGAUGCCGUGCUCCCCUAUAUCAUACUGGACACAAAUGGGAAGGGCAACCGCCUCUGGCCCACCUACAGUGUGAACGUCGGUGCUCGAACUCUGCGCUACGUUGGGCACACAAUCCAUUGGCCUCACAGUUCCAGUCCAGACACGGACUCCAUCUGCUGGUUUGACUCGGUCACCAUCUGCAGUGGGGGGGUGAAUGCUGGUUUUAUCCUCCUCAUAUUCCUCCUGGCUAUCUGCUUGAUGGUGGGUGGAGCCGCCCUUGCUUUCCAUCUCAGGCGGCAGUUUCAGCAUGCCCAGCUAAUGAAGGGGCCUGACAAGAUUGUCCUCACCAUGGAUGACUUGACCUUCAUCCAUACCCAGAACAGCAAGAAGAAAAUGGACGACAGUCGAAAGAGUAUGUCGGACAUGAAAAGCCUCAAGAGUGUGGCGGCAAACGCAGAAAACAGCAACAUGGCUGUGGUUGAGGUAAAAGCAUGUCCCCUCCUUCACAGUUCCUAGUCCUGCACCCUCCCUCUUCCCCAGUUACUAGUGGGUGGGCCAGAAAAGCCUCUGGUGCAAAGCCAUUUCCUCAGGAGCCGCAGAUGGUGUUCUUGCCAGCAGCCUUUCCUGGGGCAGUGCCAGCACUGAUAUCAUCAUUGCGGAUGGGUGGAGGCUGGAAAGAAUGCACUAAAUUCGGGUGGCGGGUUUUGACGGCGACGCCAAGCCAUCUCCUUUCCACUCAUUCUAAACAGUUCUAUUCCACAAACAUCCUUUUUCAUUGGGCUCAGUAUGUCACACCGCUGAAUCUCCCUUCACCUUUAUAUAAUGGUGUUUUUGUUUUGAAAUAUAUCC